AUGUCGGCCGACCCUGACCCGAGCUCGUCCUCCCGACCGAAUGGUGCGGUAGACUACGACCACGUUCCGUCCACUCCGCCCGAUGCUACCGCUACCCGGCAUUCCUCCUCCCAGCAAUCCAUCUCGUCCACCGAGGGACCCAAUUCGCCCGUGGACCCCUCUACCUCCUUCAAGACCGAGCUCAACGAUGACCGUCAUCCCUCGUCUCAGGUCGUCAUCCCCUCGUCUCUAACUCCCCCUCCCUCGUCCCAAGUCCCGCCGUCCAACGGCGCCGCGGGAAUGCAUGCCAACUACGUGAGCUCCCAGAGGGCCAAUAUUUUCUCCCCGCCCGCCACGGCAUUCCGUGAACUCGCCCGCGACGGCGGUUCCGCCUCGGACUAUGUCGCCCCGACUCCCAGCCAGGUCGCCGACGCCUCAGCCGACGAGCUUCGCACCAUGAUCCUGACCUGCCUCGCCGAGAACGCGAAGCUCAAGAUGGAAACGGCACACCAUAAACUGCAGUACAGCCUGCUGAGCCUGCAAGCCGACGAAGAUGCGAAGCGGGCCGUGGUGGAACACGACAUGACCCGGCGCGAGGUUGAAGUCCUGCGCAUGACGGAAAAUUCCCGCCAGGCUCGGCGCGAGCUUAACGCCGUGGCCGAGUCUACGCGGAUCAAAUACCGCGAACUCCAGACCCAGUACCACGCCCUAGUCAAGGAGAACGAGGCGCUCCAGAAGCGGGUCAAGUCCGCCACCAAACUCAUCCAGCAGCAGAGCGAGGAGCGCGACAGCCUCGUCGACGAGCGCGACAUGCUGCUCAACCGGAUCCGCGAGAACCGAGAGCAUUUCAAUAUGCUCUGCAGCCCCGGCGGGGCCUUCUACGGGGCGCUGACGCCGAAGACGCCGGCGGCCGGGUUCGCCGCCCUGCUGCAGGCCCUGAGCCACGACAACAGCGCGCCCUCCACCCCGACGGCCGCCCACCGCCCCGCCCUACGGAUGCCUCCGAAGCACACGCGAGGGGCCCAGUCGCUAUCUUCGCUGCCUACCACGCCGACGCCGCGCACUCGCGGAGAGUACUCGGGCCUGCUGCCUUCGGCCGACCUCGUCCCUCAAACGGAGCCGCCAAACCGGUAUAGCAGCCGCUUCGCACCCGAUACGCCGGUCCUGCAGAAGACGGGCCUCCGGAGUCGGGAGAGCACGAUCUCUGCCGACGACAACGAGGAGCUUGCCCGCGCGGCUCUCGAGUCGGUCGCGGCGGCAACCCAGUCGUACAUGUCGCAGGGGUCCCGGGCCUCGCGGCGCAGAGAGGAGGAGAUUUUCGAGAGCCAGGCCAGCCAGGCGGCAUCGGAGAUGCUGCGUCGCGACCCGCGCGAGAGCUUCGACGUGGCCAGCUCGGUCGGGUCCCGCGACGCCACGCCCGCGCCGGCGGAGAAGACGGCGAAGCUGCAGUCGAAGCUCUUCGCUGGGCUGAAUAAAGUAGGGCUCGUGUCGGAGAAGCGCAAGUUUUCCGACGGCAGCGACAGCCGACACGAAAGCGUCGCGAGCCCGCCGAAGAAGAUGAGAUACGGGCCGGGCGGCGGCGAAGGCAACGGACGGGGCCUCUCGGCCGUGCUGGCCAAAUCCCCCUACGAUACCGUCAUCCUCUCCUCCCUUCGCACGCCGGUAUGUCGGUCUUACCGCGGCCAGCUCAAGGACGCCUACCCCGAAGAGCUCCUAUCCGUCGUGCUACGCGCCACCCUCGACGCCAACCCUAACCUGCCCCCCGAAGCGAUCAACGACGUGGCCGUCGGCGUCGUCCUGUCCGAGCUCGGCGGCAGCAAGGCCGCCCGCGCCGCCAUCAACCACAUCGGCUUCCCCAACUCCACCUCGCUCUACACCGUCAACCGCGCCUGCAGCAGCAGCCUCCAGAGCAUAGCCACCGUCGCCGCUCAGAUCCGCACCGAGAUGAUCAGCGUCGGCAUCGCCGCCGGCAUGGAGAGCAUGACGCGGAACUACGGGUCCCGGGCCAUACCCGUCAACCUAUGGCCGGAGCUGAAGGAGACUGCCGUCAAGGACGCCCGGGACUGCAUCAUGCCCAUGGGGCUAACGAGCGAGAACGUUGCGGCCCGGUACGAGGUCGGGCGCAAGGAGCAGGACGAGUUCGCCGUCGAAUCUCACCGUCGCGUCGCCCGGGCUCAAGCCGAGGGCCGGUUCGACGCCGAGAUCGUGCCGGUGCGCACCCGCUUCCAGGAGGUGGACAAGCAGGGGAACAAGGUCGGCGACGAGAAGCGCAUAGAGGUGACUAAGGACGACGGGAUCCGCGCCAACGCGACGCUCGAGGCCCUCGCCAAGCUCAAGCCCGCCUUCAAGGAGGACGGGUCGAGCACGGCCGGCAACUCGAGCCAGGUCAGCGACGGCGCCGCGGCGACCUUGCUGAUGCGGCGGAGCACCGCGACCGAGCUCGGCCUGACGUCGAGCAUCGUCGGCAAGUUCGUGGCGGCCACGACGGCCGGCUGUGCGCCCGACGAGAUGGGCAUCGGGCCCGCGCUCGCGAUCCCGAAGCUGCUAGGCCAGCUCGGGCUCGCGGCGCGCGAUGUCGACCGCUGGGAGAUCAACGAGGCCUUCGCGAGCCAGUCGGUGUACUGCGUACGGGAGCUCGGCUUGCAGAAGGACUGGGAGGAGGAGCGCGUGAACCCGGACGGCGGCGCCAUCGCACUCGGGCACCCGCUCGGCGCCACGGGCGCGCGCAUGACGAGCACCCUGAUUCACGGCCUCGGCCGCACGGGGGGCCAGGUCGGCGUCGUGAGCAUGUGCGUCGGCACGGGGAUGGGCAUGGCUGGCUUGUUCGUGCGCGAGCACUGA